AUGCUCUCCAAAACUGCUAUUCUGGUGUCUUGCUUGGCUCUAGCCACCUCGGGCUUCAGUGUCCGCCCAUCGUCGAAGAACACGGUCCAAGACGCUCAUGAGCAGCUGACCAAGAAGAUUCGAUGCUGGGAGCCGGUCGAGGAGAACAUCGCUGGUACCGAAUUCUCUGGACAGCACACACUCAGUGAGCCAAUUUACGACCUGUGCUCCUACAUGCCGGAUCCAAAGGAUUACAACAAAGGAUACGUCAACGGAGUGGACAUGGAAAGCGACGACUACACCAACGUCUUGAACCUCUACCAGAUUGUUCACAAAGGACACGCCAUGCUCAAUGUCUGUCUUCAAGAGGCCUUCCAAUUCCACGCCGCAGGCCGCCCAUCGCAGACGUCCAUCCGCUGUCUGUGCAAGAGGGAUGGCUGCAAUAUGCCAAAGGGAUUCACCACCUUCUUGGACUUCAACAAGCUCCCAAUGCCAGAGACCUUCUUCUAA